GCUGUUCUUUUAUUUAUUUUUUAAAUAGAAGAAAUUGUUCUUAAAUCAUAUGUUUUGGUUUAAUAAUAAUAAUUCUCCGUCUUCCUCGAGUAGUUUAUGGCUGAGUACUGCUACAAUUUCAGACUUUAAAAAGAGAAAUUACCAGCUCUGGCCCUCUUCUAAAAAGAAUAUCUAUUAGCUACCCAAUUCAUCGGCUGUUUCACAAAUUUCCCAAUCCACAUCCAAAAAUUUUACGCAAGAACGAUGUCGUUUGACGGAUUUCCUCCUUUCAUCUCCGCUCAGCUGCAGUACCUCCUCAACCACUAUACCCACGCGAUCAAGGUUGAGCAGGUGUGGUCAGGUAGCAAGUACUACCCUGGAAGUCUCGAUCGGUUCACAUUGCUCAUUCCUUACUGCCUGGACUAUCUCAAAUGGGAUAUUAUAUACAAUGUCGAGUUUCCAUUAGCUGCCCCUGAUGUUAUAUUUGGACCUGAAGAUGAAAACUUUCAUCCAUUUCAUCUAGUCGUCGGCGAGGUAGCAGAUUCAAGGUUAGUCAAUAACAGUUUGACUGAUUGGAAUAACAAAGAUCCAACACGGUUGUUGGCUCUUAUUGAGGAAUUAAGGGAUAAUUACAUGUCCUAUCAGAAGAAGCGCGUCGGUGAAGUUGAUGACGAUCGAUUGAAGUUUGAAAUUAGCACUAUUUUAUCUAGGGAGGGGAUCGAAAUGCAUAUGAGUUCAGGUUUUGAAAAGCCAGAGGAGGUCAAAUUUGCAGUGCCUUUAAUGGACAUGAAUAUAAAUAAAAUGGUAUUUGCAUGUCCCUGGAGACAUCCGCAAAAGAUAUACUUACAGGUUAUAUAUCCUGUCGGUAGAAAGUAUGUGUCUGCUCCUUCAGCACCUCGUCUGAAAUUAAUGUCCACAACUGAAUUGAAAGCUCUAUUUUCUAUCGAUGACGUUAAACUUCCUCCAUGGUUGGAUGGAAUGUGCAUGGCUGAAUAUCUUCCCAAUCUAGAAGAACUCCUUCAGAGACAGGUCUCAGAGGCAGUUUCAUUAAUUGAUGUGAGAAGGUGCUUUAUUGAGGCAUUAGCCCCAUUGUUUGGAAGGCCGCUAGAAGCUGAUCCAGUUUUUUGCAGAAAAGCUACAUUUCUUGCUGCCUCUGGACCUUUUACAUUCCUGGUGCAUCUUUACCUUUCAACUCAGUUUCCGAAACAACAGCCAUCUCUGAUGCUUCAAAGUACUCAGCAUUUCAAUACUCAUGGCACACCAGUCAAGUCAUCUCUUCUAGCUGAUUAUCCAUGGAGUCCAAGAUGGGAAAUAUCACAAAUGGCAGAGCGUAUCUUUGACUUUUUGGUGGACGAAUCCCUGAACUUCAAAAGGCACUGCAACGAACCCCAAGUACAACACUAGAGCAGAGCUCUGAGAGGCCGUCAUUGUGACUUGCACAUUUCCACCAUGCAAGUUGUGUAAUCCUAGCUCACUGAAACAUUUUGUUGGUAGUGUAGUCGUCAUGUGUUGUAAUUAGUUUAAUGCCUGUUUACCUUGUUAUUCAUCCAAAAAACAUUAUCGUGUUUGAUAUGUUUCUUGGGUACUAUACAGAAAUGAUGGAAACUAUCAAAAUGGAAAACAGGGCCGAUAGUAGCUCUACCAUUUUCAA